AUGUCUCUCACAAACGGCCACGGCCAACUGAGGAACAGCAACAGACUCUUCCACACGGAAGCCUCCAUCAACCUCUCCGACUUCAAAGAAAUAUGUUCCCGCACGACAGACCCAACCGUCUACCCCAACGCCUCCACAAUCAAAAACAACAUCCCCAUCUACGACGCCCGCACCCUCAACCCAACAGACACCACACAAACCACUUCCCUCCAGGAUGAAUGGCACUCCAUCCUUUCCGAUGGCCCAGGCAUCUUCGUGCUCAAGCACAUGUACGACCCAACAACCUACAGCAACACACUAGAUGCAACAAACACCGCCUUCUCAGCCAUCAUCGCCCGCGAAUCCUCCAGCAAACGAGGCGACCACUUCGCCGCGGGAGGCAAAAACGACCGCAUCUGGAACUCCUUCUCCAAACACGCCUUCGCCAACCCCGAUUCCUUCAUCACCUACUACUCCAAUCCCUGGCUUUCUCUGGUAAGCGAAGCCUGGCUGGGUCCUGCGUACAGGAUCACGGCGCAAGUGAACAUCGUGAAGCCCGGAGGCGCCGCGCAAGAGAGCCACCGCGAUUACCACCUCGGCUUCCAGGACUUGCAAUCCUGCGCCGCGUUCCCGAAAUCAAUCCAGCUGGCCAGCCAAUAUCUCACGCUGCAAGGUGCCGUCGCGCAUAGCGAUAUGCCGCUCGAGAGCGGGCCCACGCGGUUCCUGCCCUUUAGCCAACGGUAUGAGCCUGGGUACCUUGCGUGGCGCCGAGAUGAAUUCCGGGAGUUCUUCCAGGCAAAUUAUGUAGCGUUACCGUUGGAGAUGGGGGACGGCGUGUUUUUCAACCCGGCCGUCUUCCACGCCGCGGGGGCGAACGAGACGGAUCCCGCUGAUGGGUUUCAGCGCAAGGCGAAUCUGCUGCAGAUUGGGUGCGCAUUGGGGAAGACGAUGGAGGCUGUUGAGGCGGCGCCCAUUGUUGAGCGGUGCUGGGAGGGGAUGGUUGUACGGUAUAAGAGUGCUGGUGGGUUGGAUGCUGGGUUGACGGCGCUAGUCAGGGCGAUUGGGGAUGGGUAUCCGUUCCCGUCGAAUUUGGAUCAGAGGCCGCCGGCGCCGAAUGGGAUGGCGCCGGAGAGUGAGCAGGAGCUUUUGGUUAGGGGGCUGAAGGAGGGGUGGGAUACCAAGAGAGUUGUUGAAGAGUUGAGGAAGCUGGUUAGUGAUUCGAGGGCGGCUGCGGCGUGGUAG